AGUUAAAAAAAACUAAUUUCAGUUCGGUUUUGAAAGUGUGUUUGAAAAAUCUUUGGUUUUCACCAUUAGUACCUAUCUCGCUCUAAAUGGUUUUACCUACAAAGAUGCGCGCGUGUGUACAAAAAUCUUCAAACAUUUUUUAAACUUUGGUAACCAUUGGCAAGUCACUCGUUCUACGUUUGAGUUGACUGUAUUUACUUAAGACUUCCCCUGCUUAAAUAGGGUUGAAAAAGCACUUCAUUCUGUUUGUAGCGAUUAUGCAUAAAUCGGUUACUAUCUACUGUGUUCUUACGUGGUGGCUAUUGGUACAGUGCAAAACUACAAAAAAAGUUAAUCCUCCAGCAGUGCAUCAUAAUGAAUAUGAAGUGGUUGAUUUUAUGCAAGCCGUGUCAUUGAAAAACAAGAAAGAAAUGGCUCAGCAAACUGUGAGCAGUAAACAGUCAGAGGUAAAAGAGAGGAAGGGAACUCAACACAAGAAAACUAUAAAUAAAACAACACACACAAAAGGAAAUAUAGUGGAAGCUGCAAAACGUGAUGCUUCUGGUCAAGCCGUGGUUCAAUUCUUAGAUGGUUUAGCACAUAAUACACAAACAGUAACAUCUUUUGGCAAUUGCGCUGUUACGAAACAGUCAACAAGCACGGAUUGUAAAGCUGAGUACAAACCUAAUGGGGACUGUUCAUUCCUUGCUGCAUUUCAAGGUAUCUUUAAGGAUUUGUCACAAGAAAAAAUGGCAAAAUUUAUGCGUGCUGGAAUGUCAAGAAACAUUAUUCAAGGAAACAAAUUUAAAAUAACCGCCAACAGCAAGAUUAAGAUUACCACAUGUGACAACAGAAAGAAAUUGAUCUUGUAUGGGUUUGGUGCGGAUUCCGUAUCACCUCUUCCUUGGCUAACCUUACGAGCCGUGACAAUGAAAAGAGCAUUCGUAUUUUACGAAGAUAUGGCUAACAAAGACAAUGUUGAAGAUUGGACCGGACUUGGUUUUGCAGGAUCAGCUACCACAGACUUGUCUGGUGGAGAUGCUAGAGUCAAAAUUCUAAAGGAAUUGAAAAGAAACCAAGGAGGAGAUGCUGAUGUUGUCCUUUCUAUUGAUACAGAAAGAAACGACAUUACUGUUGUACACUUUCUAACCUGGUUAGGUCAAGAUGUAUCUUCUUUGUAUCCUGAGACAGGGAUUGAUGCCUCUGUAAUGGAAAUUGACACCACACACGUAGAAAAGGGAGAUGGACCAUUGGUUAAAGUGAUUUUAGGAAAUGAAAACUUGUGGGAAGCGUUUGUAACUGGAAAAGCUAGGGGAAGUUCAUUACUUGAGAAUGCUGACAAGUUUUUCGUUUAUUGUAAAAAUGGAGAUAUGGAUCGAAUUGGUCAAGUUGCGUGUGCUGUUCUGGCAAAGUUUACACCAGGAUCAUUUCAAUGGGGACUGACAACAAGUGGAUUUGAUGUAGAUGCCAGUGCUUUAACUAGACCAAUUCUGGAAGCUAUGAAAGAGAGUGGUGCUCUACUGUUUCAAUCUUCACGAGAUGGUUUUCAAACCGUUGCUGAUGAAGAAGUUGAGAAAGAAAUCUCGCCAUACGCUCAUGCGAUAGAAAAUGGAACAAAUGUUGUGACAGAAUAUGAAGCAAGCCCAGAAAUGUGUGUAAGAUUCCGUUUAAAUAACUUCCAAACAAAGUUUCCUGAAUUUGAAUCAAAAGAACCCCUUAACACACUUAUUGCCCACGUCUGUCCAUUUCGGCAAGAGGUUCGACUCCAUUUACCAAAGAUCGCUGCAAACGAUGUCGCUAAAUAUAGUAGUUUGACCAUGCUUGUGGUAAGAGACAUUCCAGGUCCUGAGUUUGGUAUUAGGAAUAACGCCUAUGUUAAGAUUAAGAACAUUGUAAUACGCCGCACAGAAGUUUGCCAGUCUUUUACAUUGGAUGGAAAAUAUCAAAUGCUCAACAAGGAAGGUGCAGUUGAAAUAAAAGAUAUUACAUUCAAGCAAUGUUAUGAUGGAUCAAUAUGGUCGCUCUCUGGAAAUGGAAAGGAAACCAUUUUGAACGCACAGGCGGAUGUACAGGUAAUUCAAAAAAGCACACGUUUCGCCAUCACAGGAACGUUAAACAUCUUCGAUGCUAAAAUGAUACAAGAACAAACAGGUACAAGUUAUCUAAAGCCAGCUUUGCAAUCAGAUUUGAUUAAUUUGAUGGAGUUCCCGAUGUCCGAUCUUCGAUUUGAAGCCUUUUUUAAGAAACGAAAUCAACUGUUGUAAGUAUAUUAAUGAAUU